UGCUCAUCCCCUGUACUGUGUCCGCAGUCUCUGCUCAUCCCCUUUACUGUGUCCGCAGUCUCUGGUUAUCUCCUGUACUGUGUCCGCAGUCUCUGCUCAUCCCCUGUACUGUGUCAGCAGUCUCUGCUCAUCCCCUGUACUGUGUCAGCAGUCUCUGCUCAUCCCCUGUACUGUGUCAGCAGUCUCUGCUCAUCCCCUGUACUCAUGGCCGCAGUCUCUGGUCAUCUCCUGUACUGUGUCCGCAGUCUCUGGUCAUCUCCUGUACUGUGUCCGCAAUCUCUGGUCAUCUCCUGUACUGUGUCCGCAGUCUCUGGUCAUCUCCUGUACUGUGUCCGCAGUCUCUGGUCAUCUCCUGUACUGUGUCCGCAGUCUCUGGUCAUCUACUGUACUAUGUACGCAGUCUCUGGUCAUCUCCUGUACUAUGUCCGCAGUCCCUGGUCAUCUCCUGUAGUAUGUCCGCAGUCUCUGGUCAUCUCCUGUAGUAUGUCUGCAGUCCAUUAGUUCAAAAUAUUUUUUUUUUCUUGUUUUCCUCCUCUGA